AGCGCAUGCUGUCAGUGUCAAAAAGUCAGCCAAGCACCAAGCAAUGUCAUGACAACGGGCGAAGUUCAACAAAACGAAAAUAAAAAAUCGAAGUUUCGAAAUGCAAUUUUGCUUUAAGGUUUAAUUGGAGAGAAAAAUGAUAGUGUUCAAUAUUUGGUCUGUUUUACAAUGGUAUCUAAGGCCUCUAAUAAAAUGGUUUCUGCGAAAAACUACACGAUUAUGUGAGUUACAACGAAUAUGUUACGGCGAGAAAGCUGGUGCAGCGAGGGCAUGUGGUGUAGAAAGAUCUCUGAUGUUAUCACGCACACAAUGUGUUAAAGAAGUUGUUUCAUACUUGGAUACAGUUGUUUAUGAACGACGGUUCGUGCCGCAGAAUUUCAGAGAAAUCCUCGAUCCUUCAAUAUCGGUCGUGAUGAGAGUAAAGAAAAUAAACCCUAAACUUCAUGGCUCCUUCGUAGUUUCCUUGAGACAAUGCAUGGAACAAAUCUGGAGCUAUAGGUAUUUAAUGGAUGAAGUAGAAGAUAUUCGUCGAAUACAGUUUGAUAGUGCAAACACUGAACAUGAAGAAAAAUUGAUCAGAUUGUGGGAAUUGUUGGUACCAAAUGAUAAACUCGAAAAACGAGUAACUAAACAAUGGCAGCACAUAGGAUUUCAGGGUGAUGAUCCUAAAACCGACUUUAGAGGCAUGGGUAUUCUGGGCCUUGAGAAUCUAUUGUUCUUUGCAACUGAAUAUCCACAGGCGUCAAGUCAUGUUUUAAGCCAUUCACUACAUCCAAAGUAUGGAUACACCUUUGCUAUUGUGGGAAUCAACCUGACAUCAAUGGCUUACUACCUUUUAAAGGAUGGUUCUGCUAAGACUUACAUGUUUAAUGCUAAAAGACAACUACCUAAUAUUAAUUUAUUCCAUAGGUUCUAUUGCUACCUAUUCUAUGAAUUUGAUAAGAUGUGGAUAGAAUCAAAACCUCAAGAUAUUAUGGAAUUUUCAAUAAUUUUCAAAAAGUUUGAGAAUGCAAUCAGAACUGAGCUUGCAGACCCUUCAACAGUCUUUAGAAUAAAUAUUGAAAUUGAUACUGUAUAGAUAAGUUUCAUGUUAUCAACAAGUUAACAUGAAAACAAUUUCUAAGCAUUUAUUUAUUAAUAGAUUUAGUACUCUUCUGGUAAAUAUUUCAGUAUUUGCUACUGGUCAGCUUUGGCACAAGCACUUGAAUGUGUAGAUUUGAUUUAACACAUUUUAACCUAAUAAUUUCCAAAUGUAUCACUGUAGGUUCAGUUUUUAAUGUAAUUUGUAUUGUCUUAAUCACUACAAAGUUGGUGUUCAAUGCAUGUGUGUGUGUAGCUUACAGGUAUUAGGGGAAAAUCAUGUUAUAAUAAUCUGAUACUCAGGCAGGGUUCAUUGUUAAUUUUCUUAGUGGUUUCAUGUCAUUUGAUGUUGUGUGAAAUAGAUGAAUGUACCUCAUUCUUUUCUUCUUUAGCAUAAUUUAUUAUAUUUAGAUGUGAUGAUGUUGAUGUCUGUAUGAAGUAAAUAAUAUGUAACUGACAAUGAGAUUAGUUAUAUCAAGGGAUCUAAAUAAAAUAUAUUAAAUUAAUAUUUUAAAAGCUGUGACCAAUUUAAGUACCUACUUUAGUUUUUUAAGUUGCAGAGGCAAACACUGUGUGGUAAAUGUAGAAAAAAAACUUGUUUUUACAUUUAUUUAUUUUAUAAUAAAUAUUUAAAUAACAUGGA